AUGUCAGUGGGCAGCUGCUUGAUUGUCUCUGGCCAUCCAGUGAUGAUGGUCUCUCUCAGCUGGUUAAGCAAAGGAUCCACUGUUGUACAGUUCCUCAGUUGUUCAAUGCGAUCAGUGGAGAAACGGACAGUAUCAACCCAGACAUCAAGCUCGAUAGGGUCCAAAUUACCGGGUGAUGAUGCAGACUGUAGCCCAGUGGCCUACUUUGCCACAUGUGUUGCAUGUGUCGUUCUUGGCAGGGCAGUGUUCUUUGCCAAAACCGUGGCUGCAUCCACAAUUUUUGCAAACAUGUCCGUAUUUUCUAUCACUCCCUUUCUGUUGGUGUGUACCACGGUUUAUUGUAGCUAUCUGUGUUCUCCGUUCAUUUUUACUGAAGAAAGAAGAAAAAAAAUAAGAAAUAUUUCAGCUGGAUUUUAUUUUGUUAAAAAAUGGAAUUUUCACCUAACAAUUGUAAGCCAUACUAAAGCUGCUGCUCUUUAUUUAUUUGAGGAAGGUGACAUCUAUUGCAACCUUUUGUCAAAACAAAUCCCACUUGAAAGUCGGGACAAGUUCAUCAGCAAAAUCCCUGAAUUUACAUGUGGAUUGGCUGGUUGCAAAAAGCUGUUUAACAAUUUGCUCAGCUAUGAAUGUCAUUAUAAUAGUCUACACCGAAACCUGUGUGCUACUUGCUGUCGUGUAUUUCCAUCAUCUUACCUUUUGGGUCUCCACAUUCAAGAGUGGCAUGAUGCUAUGUUUGAAGUGAUGUGUGAUAAAAAACCUAUGUAUUGUUGUUUGCUUGAGUCCUGUGGACAGAAGUUCCAGAAAAGCCAAGAAAGAAAAGAACACAUGAUUAAUGAACAUAAGUACCCAGCUAAUUUUCGGUUUGAUAAACAGAAGAAACUAAAGAAAUCUGUAAUAUCUGAUGAUACCAGAGACAUAAACAGAUCAUUUUCUUCUAAAAAUAAUAAAAAAACUCAAUUUUCGUACAAAGUACCAAAAACCAUUUGCUUUGGUCAAGCUGCAGUCCGCUCAUUUUACAGCCAUCAUGAGCAGAGACAUUGCCAACAGAGGUUCAAAAUGGAACUAGACACUGACACUACCACAGAUAUUGAGCAGCUACCUCUGACCCUUACUUCCGGCAUUCAUACGCUUUGCUACUUCCGGCUACCACGGACACUUAUCUUCCAGCAUUCCAAGCAGAUCUACCCACAAAAGCCCUGA